AUGGUUUCCAAAUUCCUCUCCAAAAGAGGCUAUAACUGGUUCAUCUCUCUUGUUGCAGCAGCAUGCAUGGUGCUUUAUGGAUACGAUGCGUCUGUCUACAACUCGGUACAGGGAUCCAAAAACUGGAACCGAUACUUUAAUGAACCGAACGAGAACAUGAUCGGCACCGUCAACACAGCUUACACUGUGGGCGCUAUUUUCGGCAGCUUCUUCUUAGGAGGUCCUACUGCUGACUACCUUGGACGUAAGAUUGGUAUGGCCAGUGGUUGUAUUCUGGUGAUUGCUUCCACCUUCAUGCAGGCCUGGGCCCCACGAGGGAACCUUGCUUGUUUCCUUGCUGGUCGGUGUAUCAUCGGCAUCGGCCAGGGUAUCGCUUUGACUUCCGGUCCUAUCUACAUCGGCGAGCUGGCGCCACCUGAGAUUCGAGGAAAGAUCAUGACCUUCUGGCAAAUGUUCUACUCGGUUGGAUCAUUCAUCUGCUUCUGGGUUGCCUACGGCUGCACGGAGCAUAAGGGAAAACUAGGCGAAUGGGGUUGGAAAAUGGUCGUUAUCUUCCAGCUUCUUGUUCCGACUUUGAUCUUAAUCCUUCUGCCAACUAUUCCUGGCUCUCCACGAUGGUUCAUCCAACACGGUAACAACAUUGAAAAGGCGCGUUCUGCUCUUCACCGAGUGCGAGACACUGAGGAGGAAGUUGAGGAAGAGUUGUUGAGAAUCCGCGAAGCCCUUGAGUACGAGAAAGAGGCUAUCUCAAGCAACUACAGUGCUCUCUGGAAGGACAAGUCCCUCCGCAAGCGUAUGGCUCUAGCCCUUGUCAUCAACGCUGGCCAGCAGGUCACCGGGCAAGGUUCUCUCAACUCGUACUCAACCAAGAUCUAUCAAAAGGUCUUCCCCAGCGCCGGUCAGAUUGCUCUCAUCAACGCCCUCAAUGCCACCUGCGGUAUUCUCUUUACGUUGAACGCUGUGUGGAUCAUCGACCGUUUUGGACGGAAGUUCCUUCUAAUUGUCGGUGGCAUCGGUAUGGGUAUCUGUAUGAUUAUCGUGGCCGCUGUUGAGACGGAGACACCAUCGCCAAACGGAGUAAAGACAGAACCAGUCGGCAUAUCGAUCGUGUUCUUACUCUUCCUAUUUAUCUUCUUCUACAAACCCUCUUGGGGCGCCACCGUGUGGAUUUGGACAUCUGAAGUGUUCUCGAUGAACGUCCGCGCUCAGGCCGUGGGUAUGGCCUCCCAGACUCAGAACAUCGCCAACGCCAUCGUGCAGCAAUUCUUCCCCAUCUUCCUGAAGAACUGCGGCUUCUAUGCCUUCUACAUGUUUGCGGGCAUCAACAUCCUGCUGGCAAUCUUCGUAUACUUCUUUAUCCCUGAGACCAAGCAGGUUCCUCUCGAGGAAAUUGACGCUCUCUUUGGCGGUGCCAACCACGUCACCAACGGUGAAGAAAUGAUGGUCGCAGAGAAGGCGAGGCGUCUGGAUAGCCAGCCCAAGAAGCUCGAUGCGGUGACCAUUGAGAACCUGGAGACACGGCGGUAG